UGCAUUGUCAAUAACUGUUUAAUAACAAUAUCGUGUAAAUUGUUCCUUGAUAAACAAUUAGUACAAGGUUGUAGGUAAUACCACGCGUCAUCAACGUGCGCCAGUGGAAGUGGUUUCGUCAAUUCUGCUGGCGAUUGUCUCAAAGCAGGAUGCCUCUUCCUGCGGCACUGCUGGCCCGCUUGGCCAAGAGAGGGAUUGUAAAACCGACAGGACAAGGGGCAGAUGAGGAGAUUAUAGCUGAAGAUUACGACGACAACAAUGUUGAUUAUGAAGCCACAAGGGUUGAAAAUCUGCCGCCAAACUGGUAUAAAGUCUUUGACCCUGCUUGUGGUCUUCCUUACUACUGGAACGUUGAGACAGACUUGGUGGCCUGGCUGUCCCCAAACGACCCAUCUGCUCAGAUAACAAAAGCUGCCAAGAAACAAAAAGCUGAGGUGGGGGACGAUCGAGUUGAGCGUCAAUCUGAGAAGCCAGACAGAGAGCGGGACAGAGAUCGCGACCGCUAUCGAGACAGAGAUCGGGAACGAGAGCGCGACCGUGAGAGGGAUGAGCGCCGGGAACGAGACAGAAGAAAGCAGAGGAGGGAAGACACUGCACCGUAUAACAAGGCAAAAAGAGGUAAAAAAGAUGAUGAAGUGGACCCCAUGGACCCAAGUGCAUAUUCUGAUGCGCCAAGGGGCUUGUGGUCAAGUGGCCUUCCCAAACGUAACGAAGCAAAGACAGGAGCCGAUACAACAGCUGCUGGGCCUCUGUUCCAGCAACGACCGUACCCGAGUCCAGGAGCUGUACUGCGCGCUAACGCUGCUAACCAAUUUGUCAAGGAGUAACACCAACUCCCAGCUGUACCUAUGCUGUAUGUAUUCUGGUUGACAUAACAGUUCUUCAUUUUUGUCGUAACAUUGGAAAAGGAGUCAUCUUGGGUCAUUUUGUAGGCAAUGAGCAUAAGCCAGGCGUUCUGAUCUUGCAAUUGUUCCAACAGAGCGGUGACAGUGACUCACUGAUGAUUGAAGUCAGUGAGGAAGAGCAUGUUCUGUCUUAAGCAAAUAAAUGAUAAAUAGAU